CGUCAGCUGGAGGAGAGAAAGCAACAGAGGGACUCGGAGGGACUUCCUGAAACGCCGAUUUUAAUGUGUGUUAACGACGGGGAAAUGAGCUUGUUUCCGCCGGGAGGACUCAGGAGUGUGUUCCCAUGAACCGAGAACACCGGAUGGUGGAGGGGGGGGUGGUGGGCAGUGUCCCACCGGUGGCUCCCCCGACAGUCAAGCUGAAGUGGGCCGAACAUCUGACCACUUCAUGGCUUGCCGAGGAUUGCCAGGCGAUCGCUCUCCGAGAUUCUGUCUUAGCUCUGUAUGACAGGCUUCUUGAAAACAAGGAGGUGGUGGUUGUGGCAGGGCCUGGGUGCGUCAUGCGCGGAGGCCCCCAGCUCCCAGACUAUGAGCCGGAACCUCCCUCGUCCGCAGACCAGCUCAGCCAUGUCAAUGCUCUCCUAGCGUCGCAGGCUGCUUUGGCUCGUUCUACGGCAGCCCAACCCCGUUUCUCAGCCCUCCUCCACAAGCGACUGAUCGUGCUGCAGAGGAUUUACCAUGCUCUGGCUCGAAGCUUCCACCAGGGCUCAAGGGAGAGGGAACGGGCCUUAACAGGGAACACUGAACGAGGACCCACGACAGACCUCCAGGGCAAUGGGGCCUCUUUGUCCGCCAAUGAGGCCCUGGUCGAGCUUGGAGUGCGCACUGGGUUGUCGCUUCUCUUCACAAUUCUCAGACAGGGCUGGUUGAAUAACUCUGGUGGAAGUCUUUGUUCCGAAGUUUUGGGAACAGCGGUGUCAGUUGUUCGGGCACUUCCACCUCUGUCUCUGGCAGUUGAGUCUAAGCUGCCCCGUGUUGGCCUGGCUUCGCUGUCACAGCUGACAACCUUUCUUGCUGAAACUGCAAAACCAUCAUCACCUGCAGAUCCCACAGGUCGAAAGUUGAGUGCAGAGUUGCUACUUGGAUUAAGUCUCCAGAGAGGUUCGUUGCGCUACUUACUGGAAUGGGUACACAUGGCCCUCAGUGCUGCCACGACUGCUGCGGAGGACACCAGCGAUGGUACCUGCAUCAGUAGCAGCUGUCUGCAGGAGGUAAUGAAUUCUCUGGCGCAGAGUGGUGAGUGCAUCAUUGGUGGGCUAAUACCUGGCGCACUUGAUGAUCACACAGUACCACUCUACCAAGCUUCACUCAUACUGAUGGAGAAACUCACACUGUUGGCUUGUGAAUAUGCUCGUACGUGCAUUGGCGAUUCAUGCGAGGAAGUGAAUGAAACAAAUGAAUCUUGUGAUGUAUAUGUGUGGGGCAGCAACUCUUCGCAUCAGCUGGCAGAAGGAACGCAGGAUAAGAUUCUUUCUCCGAAACUGACUCAUGCAUUCAGCAGUGUGCAGCAGGUGGAAGCUGGACAGUAUUGCACAUUUGUGGUACACAGUGAUGGGGGAGUAAGUGCCUGUGGGAAGGGAAGCUAUGGAAGGCUAGGUCUCGGUGAUUCCAACAAUCAGCCCUCACCGAGGAGACUGAAUUUGGAUGCAAGGGUGAGGAGAGUCUCAUCCUCCAAAGGCAGUGAUGGCCACACCAUGGCACUGUCCACGUCUGGUCAAGUCUACACCUGGGGUGAUGGUGAUUAUGGGAAGUUAGGGCACGGAAAUAAUGUGACCCAGAAGUACCCAAGGCUCAUAGCAGGGCCUCUCAGUGUAAAAGUGGUGCGGUGGGUAUCUGCAGGAUACCGCCAUUCAGCCUGUGUGACCCAGGAGGGAGAACUGUAUACGUGGGGUGAAGGAGACUAUGGGAGAUUGGGUCAUGGAGACAGCACAAGUCGAAAUGUGCCAACGCUAGUGAGGGAUAUAUCUGGUGUGGGUCAAGUGGUAUGUGGCAGCGCCCACACACUGGCUCUCUCGGCUGAUGGUAGGACAGUGUGGUCGUUUGGAUCAGGUGACCAUGGUAAGUUAGGCCAUGGCGAUACAGCGAAGGUCUAUCGUCCUCGCGUCAUUGAAGCUUUGCAAGGACUCACCAUACGGAAACUAACGACUGGAACCCAAGUCUCAUUUGCUCUUGCAGCUCAUGGGCAGGUAUGGGUUUGGGGGUCGGGAGCAUGUCUGGCCCUGGGGUCGUCCGAUGCGACCAUGCUCAGGCCUCGUCCCAUCGAGGAGCUGGCAGGACUGAGGAUUGUCGACAUCUCUGCAGGAGAUUCGCACGCUCUUGCACUCACCCAUGAAGGCGAGGUCUAUGCCUGGGGAUCAAACACAAUGGGUCAGUGUGGCCAGGGACACACAGUAUCACCCAUUACGAGACCAAAGAAAGUUAUGGGGCUAGAUGUUGCUGUGCAUCAGAUCAGUGCAGGAACCACACAUUCUAUGGCCUGGACAGCCAUACCAACUGAUCGACGAGUGGUAUCCUGGCACCGGCCAUUCUGUGUUGACCUGCAGGAAGGAACGUUUUCUCUGCUGCGUACAUUCAUUGAGCUUUACUGCUGCUUUGACGAUACUGAACAGCCUGUAAAACCUUUUGCUUCUGUCAGAGAGCAAGAGAAAUUUGUGCUCCUGUGUUUACAGUUGCUCAACACACACCUAUCACUAGCUCUGACUGGGGGCAUGACACAGACAGUUCUAGGAUCGGAGGCAGCACCCCUUCGGCAGUUGCUCUUCAGACUAGUAGAUGCGAAGUUACCCCGGGCAAUAGAGGCAGGCGUGUGUGAAGGACUUAGCUCGCCACUCCUCCUGCCGCCUUUAGCCUCUCGCAUGAGCCUCCUCUACAAUCUCCUCCCGAAGUCACCGGAAGACUGGGGGCAGCUCUCGCGUGGCCAGCGUCUGCAACUUGGAAUUCUGGUAGUGAGUCUCGAGGACCACAGCCAUGUAGCUGCUCUGCUGGGUUAUGGGUCCCCUGAGGAUGCCCCUUCUAUGCAACAUGGCUCAUCUACUACACUGCCUCAAGACCUCAUGCACACACUGUUGGCAAAUCUGAGAUUCCAUGCAGAGCACCAGUUAAAUCAAAUUCUUGAAGAAGAAAAGCCAGCCAAAAGUGGGCUCCUGAAAGACACCCGUCACAUUUGCCAACCGGCGACCCAGCAAGCCAGCUAUGAUGUGGAAGUGAAGGGACCACAAGUCACCUCGGUGCAAGAGCCUCAGGCUGCGUGUCAAGAGAGCUCACCAGGAAUGCAGCAAGGACAACAAAAACUACCAACCAUUGCCAUUCAGGAUUAUGGCAAAGACAAAGUAGGGCCCAGCAGCUACGAAACAAGACACCAGUAUAUAGACUCGCAGCUUGGGGGUACUCAUCCUCAACAUCUGCUUCGCCUUUUAUCCACGCUUCACUCACACCUCCUGGCUUACUGUACUCACCAUCAGUUUGAAGAGAAGUCAGCGAGCAUGCAUCUCUUAUAUGACCAUCUGAGUGAGCUCUUGGAGGUGUGUGGUGAACUGCUAAAACAGACGUCCAAGCUGUUGGCCUCACAUCCUGGACUCGCUCAUCUCAUUCACGAUGUUGUCUACCGGAGUGUGUGUGGCUGGGUCAUGGCCCACAUUGUGUAUGCACUUCUGCUUUUCCCGGCCAGGCUGGUUCGGCCUCUGCUUGGCCCCCUGAGAGCCAUUCUCCCCAUUCUGGACUCGACAAAUCGCACCAUAGCCUCUGUCACUUCUUUUACUGACCAAGAAGAUGUGACCUCAGAAGUUGACACACCCACCCCUGAUACAGUUAAGAGUGUUGGUGGUGGGGUUGUUGGUCGUCAGUGGGCCUGGCUGUUGGACGUAGAACGAGCCUGUGGACUUGUGGUUGGCCGCUGCUUGGAAGGGAUGCUUCUCGGGCCACCUUUGACACCAAAUGAAGUCCGUUGUAAACCUUGGCUCUCCACACAGCUCUUCUGCAGUGGUCUUGCUGUGGAAAAUUUAUGUCCAGACAAAGUUACCCGAACCAUCAAUUACGUCUUAAGUAUUGUUGAGUGUGGAAAACAACUUGUGAUUGAAGCUCUGCAGAAUAUGACAGCAGCCUUCCCGCAACUUGCAACAGUUCUUGAGUCAGAGAGCCAAAUGAUGCUCUGGAUGGAGGAAAUGGCAUGUGGCGAGGACUGGGAUACGUGUGAGGUUAAGGAUGACCCACUCCUGGAUACGUCAACACACCUUCUGCUCUCUACCUUUCUGAUGCAUUCAGAAAUUUCUCAGUCACAGCUCAGUCUCCACUUCUGUGGUGUGAUGCGAGAGGUGUUUAGACUGGUGUAUCACAUAAGGAGACGACUCGUCACGCUGAAGACUCAGGAGACAACAGUUAAAAUACCAGCAAUAGCAACUGAAAUUAUAUCAUCACCAGAAGUUCACGAGCGAUCGCAAGAUGGAUCAGAGUCUGCGCAGGAUGAAGAACGUGCUCGCGUGGAAUUGGUUGAGCAGAUGCUGUCUCUGAGAGUGUCUCUAAACCAUGAACCAGGUGGAAAGACGUGUGGAUCUCUCUUGCCUUCUGUUUACCACGAGGUCAUGACUGGGUGUUUUGGCCUUGAGAGCCUGUGGAGCAGCAGCAGCUAUUCCUUGAUUCGGUCGCUAGAGGCCACGCACUACCUGGACGGCAUAAGGGCUGCCACACAACCCAUGCAGCAGAGAAUAGCCAGGACCGUGCAUAUUAUAUACAAACAUCUGGUGUCGUCUCUCCUUCAGCACGAACAGCCAGAUAAAGGUCUCCGAGAACGAUUGUGCCUGCUCACUGUGUUUGCCCUGAGUGUUCGAUAUGAGGCUGCAGAUCUUAGUCUAGCUGUCUCUAGUGGGCUUCUGGAUGCCCUGGUACGGAUGUGCUGCCCCUACGACCCUCCGGCUUUGCGACAUACUCCGCACCCUUCACCUUCGGAUCUUCUUCCCCAUGCUACACAUACACUCUUCCAAAUCCUUACCAUCCUAACAGGGUAUUAUGCUGAAGACAUCAGCACAUCAGUGCUAGGCCAAGUAAUGAAUCUGCUGUACCUGCAAGUGGAAAACUUGGCAAACCAUAUAAUUAAAGCCAAUGAAACUUCAUGGACAAGUUUCAGCCAUAGUGAACCUGUAGUUCCUGAAGAGAAAAAGAAUGUGGAGGUGAUAUCAGAAGAGACACCAAUGGACAGAGCAGAUUCUGAGACAAAUGAAAUGGAUGUAGAAAUAACCAAUGUAAAAGAAAAGAAGGCUGGCCAAAGAAAGUUGGAAUUGCAUCUUCCAGGAUUGAAUGCAGAACAAGUGAGCAAUAGUACAGGAGAUGCAAGAAAACGUAGACAUUUGGAAGUGACCCUUGGUAACUUGCUUGUGUUUGUCCGUCGUUUAUGUGUAAACCGAAGGGUGAGAGAGCUAGUUGGCAGGCAUCCUUGGGUGCGGUUAUUAUUGUUAGUGACAGGAGAGCAGGCAGAGACCCACCUACCACAGAUGAUCAGUGUUAGGACACGAGUGUUGGCACUUACUCUCCUUGGAGCAACUCUUCCAUAUUCUGAUCUUGACCUUGAAGCACGUGAACAAGUUGUAAGGCAGCUGUUUAUGCAACUAGCAGCCAAUAUGUGGGUGAUACCAUCAGCUCAGGCACACCUUAAGGCCAGCCAGUUACUCAUGGAACUACAGCGUCAUCUGGUAAGGCUUUCCAGUCCAGAUCUUCUUGAUGAGCAGUCUAGGCCUGAGUCUCCUGAUGAUAACCUACCUGUACAGGAGGUUGGAUUUGAUCCUGAUAAAUCUGUCUGUUGCUCCGUAGAAGGAGGUCACACACUUGUGCAUGGGCCAGGUGGAAGAGGAUAUGGUCUAGGAUCCACACCAAUAACCUCUGGAUGUUACCAGUGGAAAUUUCUCAUUGUAAAGGAGAACAGAGGUAAUGAAGGUACUUGCGUUGGAGUUUCGAAGUACCCUGUAAGAGACUACAGCCAUAGGACAUCAUCAGAUAUGUGGCUGUAUAGAGCAUACUCUGGGAACCUCUAUCAUAAUGGGGAACUUAGUAUUUCACUUCCAAGCUUCACACAGGGAGACUACAUUACAGUUGUGCUUGAUAUGGAAGCCAGAACUCUCAGCUUUGGAAAGAAUGGGGAAGAACCACGUCUUGCUUUUGAGAACAUUGAUGCAACAGAGUUAUAUCCAUGUGUGAUGUUUUACAGCACCAAUCCUGGAGAAAAAGUGAAGAUGGUAGACAUGCAGGUGAGAGGCUCCCCAAGAGACCUAGAUCCUGGGGACCCUCUGUGUGCUCCUCAAGCAGCUGUGCUAGCAGAGGCUCACAUUGCUCUGCUUCGUCAACUGCAUGAGGCACCUAUCUGGACACAGCAAGUGAAUGACUGCAUAAUAGAAAGACUGAACCAGACCAAAGAGCUCAUACCUCAACCAAAAGAUGUUCCUGAGAGUGUAGAAACAGUUUCAAAGAGUGAGUCAGACACUGAAGAUCCAGCCUUUGACUUUGAACCACUUGUAAAUACAAGCGAGGUUCAGACAUCAAGAGAAACAUCUCGGGAAGAUCUUGUUUUAACCCUUGAUGAACGACUGGAGCAAGAAGAACGAACGAAGAAAAAGACAGGAUCCUGCUCAGAUGAUGAUGAUAGGAACACCCCAAGAGCAACUCCCAGAUCAGGCUCGGAUUCCAUCGGUCAAGAGAAGAAGACUCUGAAGGGGAAAUCCUGCAAACAGAAUCUCGUAUAUGAAAUGAAUCUUGAGCAGCUGUGCAAAGAGGUUUAUCCUGCUCUUGCCAUGAUUGGUGGAGUGGACAGCGGGUUGCGUGUUGGGGGUCAGUGCGUCCAGAAGGGCACAGGUCGCAGGGCUAUGGUCCUGGGUGCACUGCGUCAGGGGCAUCCUGCUGUGAAGGUACAAUGGUGUGACUGGGAUACAAGCAUUAGUGAUGUGCCAGUAUCUUUCUUGGAGCCAGUGGAACCACCACCUUUUGAUGUCUCAAAAAUGACAGGCAUAACAGCUCAGGUCAUUACACAAAUCAUGCGACUGGCUGGGCUUACCCAAGAGAUUGAGUUCCCAAAAGUCACCUACAACCAUGAGACAGACGAGGUGCAUACUUCAUCGACGGGCAGCCUGAUUUCCCCACACCUUCCCCAAGCACACGAGGAAGCAAAGUCCCAAAAUGCAGUAAACUCAAGUGGGCCGUCACACUCACCAAGUCCUCGCAAAGGCUCCAGGGGAAGUGGUGAUGGCUUGACAAUGGAGCUGUUGACAGACCAGCUUGUAACGAACAUUAUGGAUGAGGUGACUGGGAGAUCUGUGGAAGUCCCGGAGCAGCAGGAGCCAGUAGUGCCAACGCAAAAAGAUUCUCCUCAGGUAACUAAUACAGGAGAGUUAGCAGUAGAGGAAGGCAUGGCACUGCGCUUGGCAUUCCUCCAGAGUGCCAGUUUGCGUGCCAUUUGUGCUAUCAUGAACUGCACACGCUAUGCAGAGAUGUUGCUGGUUCCCAAGGCUGCCCAGGAAAAGGAUGGAGGUGAAAAGGGUAGUUCUGUGUCCCUUUUACACGAAGAAGAUGAAAUCCGCACAGCAAUAAGAGUUCUUGUCAGACAUCUGGUUUCUGCUUGUACAUUAGCUCAGCCACUUAAGAGGCAAGUGAGUGUGGCUGAAGUGGAGCGAUCGCACCUGGUUCUUCAUAGCAUGUGCAUGAGAGCCUGGGCAGAAGACAGCCUGAGUGUCGCAGACACCCAGUCUCGCAUCAUGGCUCUGACAGCAAAUGAAGAAAGAGCUACAGAUCAGAUUGUGGAGGCGACAGAACGGCCACAGAGUAUCAUCACUGAACUUCCUACGACAGGAACAGAUGUGAGAGCCCCCAAACGACCAAUUCCUUCCCUAGGUCUGCCUAUAACAGUACCAUGUGCUCCAGCUAGUCAUCCUGGAGGGGAAGUGCACUCUAUACACUCUGCCUCCCAGUCGUCUCGCACAACCCACAGUCCUUCAAGGGGUCGUUCUGUGGGCCCCCUGACCCCCCAGAGUGCUCCACUUCCCCCCAUGGCAAGGAGUCACUCUCCCUCACCUCCUCUGACCCCCCUCCCUCCCUUGCCUCCCCCAAUCGCCACUCCGUUGCUGGAGAUGGGAUUCUCGCUCAAACACAUUCAGAAAGCUAUUGCUGCCCAAGGCCAUAAGGGUGAACCAUCAGCAGCUCAAAUCAACCAGCUAGUGACAUGGAUGCUGGAACACCCUUGCAUUGACGCCAGUGAGACCAGUGAGAGGAGGCGUUCUCAUGAUGACACCUCGUCUUCUUCUGUUGCUGCUGCAGCUGCACAGUUAAUUGAAAGAAGUGAUAUACAGGAUCUCAGUGGAAGGAGGAUGAUUCUCCGAAGAGGAGGGUGCGUUGAUCUCCGUUCGUCCGUGGUUCCUUCAAGACCAUCAGGACGUGGAUUAGACACCAGGGACACUGAGAGCUCAAGACAAAUGCAGCAUGGGCGCAGCGAGCCAACACGCUUCCGAUAUGGAGGAGUGGGGUUCGAAGACCAACUGAGAGGGUCAGACGACUCCAUUGGAACUUUGCCCAAUGAUUUAGACCAGUGGUUGUGCGGCUCUGUUGGGCCAGACUCUAUGCAGGGAUCUUCUGCCUUAUCUGCAUCCAGGGAUCGAGAAUGGAGGGCUUUGAUGGAGGUAGCAACAAAUAAUGAUGGGGACAGGACUCUCAGCAUCUGUGAAGUUUGUCACCAUGCCACAAGCAACCUCCGUCAACACAUGCGAGUUGCCCACCCUGGUUGUGCCCGGCCCUGGAUGGCUGGCGUUUGCGGUACGCUUAUUGGUGGGACGUACAUCUUAUGCGAGGUGUGUCAGGAGCAGCAUGCAGGGGGCAGCAGUAGCAUUGGGGGUUCUGGGGGCUCAGGCGAUGGGCAAGAUCGCCUGCGGGACUUGACUACAGUCCUAGCCCCUGACUUGGCUCCAGCUCCUCUUGCCACCAUGGAAGAUGACGGUCUGAGCAUGAAUGAGAUUGACCUGAAGAUGACCAAUUACAGUGUGAUAGCUUCGCGUCUCGGGCUCACAGACAGAAGGCCCAUACCGGACCCCAUGCCUUUCCCUCGCCCGGACCCCCUUGGGUCGACCACGCUUGUCUCAAACAUUGGCGAAUCCUCUGAAGCCACAAACACUUCCGGAGCUCGACCGCGUGAUAGCAACAUAACCGCUGUACCUGAUCGAAGCCUGGGAGAACAGGCUGCUGCUCUCACCUCCCCGAUUGCAAGAAUCUCCGCUCUCCGGCGCACCACACACGCCCUCAGGGUCACCAUAGCUCGUGCCGUUGUGAUGCGAGCUCUGUCUCUCCUUGCCCUGAGUGGAGGGUCUUGUGAUCUGUGGGCUGGGCUGAAUGCCCUGGGGCUCUGCGAUGUUCGCCUCCUUGUCCGAUUGAUGUGGCUGGUUGCUCAAGGACGUGUACCACUUGAUGGCUCUGCCCGGACGACUGGUGCAGUGCUACAGCCAACAGACAUCACCACAAGCCUCGCACACUUGAGUGAUGCUAUUGGUGCUCUUGCCCAGAACGACACAGAUGCAGCCAAACUGCUUCUACAUUUGUGUACACAGCACUUGAUGGUAGCAGCCAUGGGCAUGUCCAGUGGAGACAUUGUUGGAGGAUCAGGAGAAGAAGAUGUCGAUGUGACGCUUUGUGAGGAAAGGCGAGGCUGCCAGAAUGCCUCCGCCAUGCACCAGACGAGCUUUCCCGUGACGCAGGCUCUCGUAUCCCUCCUGGCUGCCAAUUCCUCCCUUAUCCAUUUGGCAGGGAAAGGAGAAGCUGUAACAUCUCCAGUGACAGCCAGUGGGGGACAGGGAGACCCUGGAAUUCAACUCGCUAAUGCCCUUGCCGCUUGCAUCCUGUCCACGCGCCUUCCACAUUCACACCGUCAAUGGGCUGCAACUCAGCUGGUUGAAUGCAUUGGAGGUCGUGCACAGUUGGCUGAGCACUGUAGUGAUUUUCCGGGGCCUAACAUCAGUAGUGCAGCCGACUUCACAGGAGCUCUGCCACGUGUGCCAACUUCUUACCUAGAAGGGCAUACUGCAUGUGCUUCGAGAGCCCUCUGGAUGCCAGGAAAGAACUUGCUUGUUACCAGUGGACACGAUGGCUCAGUAAGAACUUGGAAGGUGAGUCAGCGUUCUCAUGCCUGCCAAGAACACACAUUAGUGUUCCAACAGGAUGAGAAUGACAGCAACUACUCAGUCAACCCUCCUGCCAUAGAACAUGUGGUGGCAUUACCAACUGGACGGCACAUCGCUGCAUCUUCUGAGAAUGUUCUCAAUAUAUGGCCAUUGAACAGUAGCACUGUGGCAGCAUGGACAAGUAGCAGCAUCAUAACAGCACUUGAGGCUCCUCUGCAUGGUGUGUGUGACCUCAUGAUCACUGGGCAUCAUGAUGGCUCUGUUACACUAGCUGCCUUUACAGCAAGUGGCAUUAUUCCAAAUCCUAUUAGGCAUGCUGGAAGGCAGGAUGUGUAUGUAAGUUGCCUAGCGUGGCAUGACCAAGAUAAAGAUCUGGCAGUGGGUUUCAGCGACGGAGUUGUCCGUGUUUGUUCAGUCCAGUCUGACGUGGGGAGUGUUACUGUUCAAGCCCAGCAGGGACCAGUUCAGUGCCUAGAAUGGAGUAGCAACUGUUGCUUGCUAGCUUCAUGUGGGGAAGGCGGCACUAAGGUUUGGACUCAGACGUCAAGUGGAUGGACUCCCGUAUAUUCCUUGGAUUACAAAUCUCUACCACUAUGCAUAAAAUGGUCUCCAGUUAUAAGUGGAGUUCUUGAAGGGGAAUGUACCCACAUGUUAGUUGUGGGGCAUGAGGAUGGUCUAGUCACAGUGUGGGUAGUGCCCCAGAGUCCUGCUUCCACUGGGGAUUCAGAAUAUAGGGGCAGUGCACAGCAUGUGGAAGGUUCCGAGUCAUGUGACCCAAGGUGCCAACUGCAGCUUCGAGGCCACCAGAGCCCAGUUACUUCCUUGGCCAUCUCAACCUCGGGUCUUAUGCUGGCAACAGGUUGCCAGAAGAGCAUGAAUGGAAUGGUGAAUGUCUGGUCUCUACAAGAAGGCUCGCUACUUCAGACUUUGGUUGGCUCGGGAGGAAUUAAUGCCUUGGUUUGGUGUGGAACGUCUGGCUUGGCCAUUUGCGUGUCCCGAUCGCAGAACGUAGUGUUUACAGCGCUAUCGGAUGACCAGUUCUUCAAGCUCCGCAUCCCGGCUUUCUGUCGCACCCGUUUGCACACGUGGGGAAUGACGGGGCUGCAUCAGGCUCCCUGUCUGCGAGCGCUCUUGUCCCACCUUCCCUCUCUGCUGCUCUCUCAGUACCAGCAUGAGAAGCCGAUGGUAAGCAGUGGAGAACAACUAGUGCACAGCCGUUACCUUCAGCAGCUUUGUUCCUUGGCGUUGUUGCUCAGGUUGGACUGCAUCCUCUGUAUGCAGCCGGCACCAGUUCAUGUCACCAGACCGGAAGCAGUUGUUGAAUGGAAUUGGCUGGAGACUCUUUGCACAGCUGUGAGCACAGCAGAAAGUCUAAAAAAGCGAACACCUCUCCCUCGUGCUUUUACAACUCAGCUUUUAAAACAUUCAGAUGAUAAAGAACACCUGAACUAUGCCAUAGAAAAUAGCAAGUGGGAUGUGGAGCAGGAUGCAGCUGUGAUGUCGUGGGCGACGCAUCACCCUGGCGACUGGCAGGUUGGAGGGCGCUGCCAGGUCUACAUGUGGGGCAGUGGGAGGCAUGGGCAGCUGGCUGAGACCGGUCGAAGCAGUCUGGCACCAGUACUUACAGAAUCUCUCGGAUGUGCGCAGCAAGUAGUCUGCGGUCAGAAUUGUACGUUCAUAGUGACCGCCAAUGGAUCCAUCUUGGCCUGCGGGGAGGGCAGUUAUGGGCGCCUUGGUCAGGGAAACUCGGACGACCUGCACACGCCCUCGGUCAUAUCCACCUUGCAAGGCUUUGUCGUGACGCAAGUUGCAACCUCCUGUGGCUCAGAUGGCCAUAGUUUAGCCGUAACGGACAGUGGAGAAGUUUUCUCUUGGGGGGACGGAGAUUAUGGCAAGUUGGGUCACGGGAACUCCGACCGUCAGCGGAGGCCGAGGCAGAUUGAGGCGUUCCAGGGACAGGAGGUCGUUCAGCUGGCUUGUGGAUUCAAGCACACGGCAGUGGUGACAUCGGAUGGCAAACUGUUCACUUUUGGGAAUGGGGAUUAUGGUAGACUUGGUCUGGGGUCGACUGCAAACAAGAAGCUGCCCGAGAGAGUCACGGCCCUGGAUGGCUGGCGGAUCGGUCAAGUGGCUUGCGGACUGAAUCACACUGUCUGUAUUGACAUUGAUGGAAACACUGUCUGGGCUUUUGGAGAUGGUGACUAUGGAAAAUUAGGCUUAGGAAAUUCCACCUCAAAGUCUACUCCACAGAAAGUAGAAGCUAUGUGUGGUAUUGGCAUUAAAAAGGUUUGUUGUGGCACUCAGUUUACAGUGUUUCUCACCAAAGAUGGCCGCGUUUAUACGUGUGGAAUGGAUCGGCUCAUUGGCCAGCCAGAAUCACGGACAAGAGGGCACAAUCGGCCUCAGCAAGUUCCUGCUCUUGUAACUCAUGUAGUGGUUGAAAUAGCAGUUGGAUCCGAACACACAUUAGCACUUGCUAAUAAUGGAGAUGUGUACGGCUGGGGAGUAAACAGCGACGGCCAGUUGGGACUCGGGCACACUGCAGCAGUGCGAGAACCCCAGCUCAUCUGGACGCUGUCGGGAAAGGGGAUCCGCCAGAUCAGCGCCGGUCGCAGCCACAGCGCAGCCUGGUCAGCCCUGCCACUUCCUCCAGUGACCCCAGGAACCCCAGCUCCCAUGCAGCUUGGAAUUCCCGCGUCAGUGCCACCACAGUACCCAAACUUGCAGAACAUUCCCCCAGGUGCUCUCUGCUCAAGGCUGAGGAUGCUCCAUCAGUUCAGUGAUCUGCUUUAUGCAUCGUGGAAGCUCAUACCCCUGACACCUGGGCUGGAAUGCUAUAUAGAAAAUGUGAGCGCAGUAACCUGUGCAGCUGUGCGUUCCCUUGUGUCACCGAGAGUCUACACGCUUCCUUUGGUCCGUUGCCUUGGUCGAACUAUGGUCCAGGGACGAAAUUAUGGGCCCCAAGUUACAGUCAAAAGAAUAUCAACGAGAGGAGCACCAUGUAAACCUAUUUUCAUACAGUUGGCUCGGCAAGUUGUGAAACUCAAGCCGUCAGAUCUGAGACUUCCCUCCAGAGCCUGGAAGGUAAAGCUUGUUGGCGAAGGAGCAGAUGAUGCAGGUGGUGUGUUUGACGACACAAUGACAGAAAUGUGUCAUGAACUGGUGACAGGUGGCGUUCCUCUUCUCAUACCAACACCCAAUGCAGUCUCAGAUGCUGGAAAUAACAGGGACCGUUUCCUCCUUAAUCCCGACCUGACGCAACAUCACCACCUUCUCUGGUUCAAAUUCUUAGGUAUAUUAUUUGGCAUUGCCAUUCGGACCAAGAAACCCCUCGCCCUCCCCCUGGCUCCACUGGUGUGGAAACUGCUUGCUGGCGUGCCUCCCUCAUCGUCUGAUCUGGAGGAGGUUGAUAUUGAAUAUAUGCAGAGCUUGCGAGCCAUCAGAGAUAUUGACCAGGAUGGGGUUACGGAAGACACUUUCCAUGAUGUGAUACCCCUUGAGAGUUUCGAGUGCACGAGCAUGACUGGAGCUCGGGUGGCAGUGGUUCCUGGAGGAAGAGCGGUUCCUCUGACGUUUACCAACAGACAGGAAUAUGUCAACCGAACAAUCUACUACAGGCUGCACCAGAUGGACAGACAGGUUGCUGCUGUGCGUGAAGGCAUGGCCUGGAUCAUCCCUGUGCCACUGCUCUCUCUGAUGACAGCAGCUCAUCUUGAACAGCUAGUGUGUGGCCUUCCACACAUUUCUGUGGCUACACUUAAAAAAGUUGUGAGGUAUCGUGAGGUGGACGAGAAUGACCCGCUUGUGGUAUGGCUCUGGCACAUUCUGGAGUCGUUCAGCCCCUGUGAACGGGUUCUCUUUGUCCGCUUUGUGUCUGGGCGCUCACGACUGCCGGCUAAUUUGGCUGAUCUAUCACAGCGGUUUCAGGUGAUGCGUGUGGACCGGCCAAUUGACUCCCUGCCUACUGCUCAGACGUGCUUUUUCCAACUACGACUCCCACCCUACUCCAGCCAGGAGGUGAUGGCAGAAAAAAUGCGCUAUGCUAUCAACAACUGUCGCUCAAUUGAUAUGGAUAACUACAUGUUAGCCAGAAAUCAAGAUCCUAACCAUCACUCUGACGAUGAUGAGUUUUAGGCAAUAGAUAAUGAUAUGGAGACAAUCAAAUAUCAUGGAGGAAAAAUAGAGUGAUUGACAAGCAUGAGUCUGUAUAAUAAUGAUGUGAUAUUUUCAUAUGUCACAUAUCAGAGCUUAUUUUAUUAUACAUCAGAUUCAAAGACCCUUUCAAAUAAUCAGCCAUGAAAGAAAGUGCAUUCCAUUACAUAUAUUUAUAAUAAUAUUUAUGAAAACCUCUCAAUGUUUUUUAAAAUAUGGCAGUGCUCAUUCCUCUCAGAAUACAGCACCUUUCAUCAUGUCUUUCAUUAUUAAAAGCCAUAUGUUGAAGUUUAUUACACUCAUGUAGGGUAAAUGUCGACUCAUCCACGUACACAUUUAUUCUUUAUAGAGUGAAUAUUCAAGAAAGAACAAUUACAGCUUUGGAUGUAAAAUCAGUAUAUAGCAGCAAGUCAGAAGUUCCCUUUUGCUUUUGUGUGGACAAGUAAUAGGAGUCAAUGGAGGCUGAUUUUUUUUUCUCUCGUCUUAUAGGAAAUCUCAUAAAUUGCUGUAGUUUUUGUAUAUUUAAAAAGAUCAAUCAUUUUUGUGAAUAAAACAAGUGUGAUAAUGGUGAAGCCAGCAAUUGGAACAUAAUUUGAGCUGUGACAUGUCAUAUUUUGACAAGCUUUUUUUUUUGUUUGUUUGUGGGGUGAUAGUAAAGAUCACAUUUUACUGAAGUUAAUGGUUUAUGGAGCCACAGUGUGAAGUCUCUUAUACAAUUCAUGGUUUUAGGCUUUAUGAUAUUCUUGAGGCACGAAUCUUUUAUGGUUAUGUAUUUGACACCUGAAAGGAAAUUGGAGAACCUGCAUCAAGUUCAUUUCAGGUUUUAUGCAGUGAUCUUUCUGUUUGUUAACUUGGUUAGGUAAAUCUCAUGGUAAUUUUAUGAAACUGAAAGUAAUUUUCCUAGUCUUUUAGUCACAAAAUCUUAUGUAUGUAAAACACUACAUCCCAUAAAACAAAGUCUCUCGAACGCUUAUGUUAUUGGUGGUUAAAGGAGCCAGGGCAGUUCCGAUUUGCCACAACCCCUAUGUGUGAGGCAGUCUGCAUAAUGUACAGAGAAGUUUGCAGAGAGAAUGAGAGAGAGAGAGAGAGAAAGGAAAUCAUGAAUGGGAGUGAGCUCUAGAUUGCAGGAUCUUUUCAUUCAAUUUUAUCAUAGGUGAAACUUGUGGAGGAGCUUCUCAGUAGUCUCGUCUGUGUUGUGUAUUAGUGUGGUGCUGAAGUUACGGUUUUGUAUUUUGAUGUGUGUGUUUUUUUAUGAGUGGCUUUAUUAUGAACAGGAAUAGCUUGAGUAAUCUGGUAGCACCAAUGUUUUAGCUAUUGUAAACUUUGGAAGAAUGUGGAAAGUGUUACUGAAUAAAACUGUGUAAUUAAGUUUGCAUUCAGUCUGUAGUGAAUUACAGCAUUAGUUUUUGAAUAUCUGCAGUAUAUGAUAAAGAAUGCUGUGUUUUUUUCUUUCUUUUAUAUUUUUUAGGAAGAAUUAUUUUGAUAUUCUUUUUGAUGAAAUGUGAUAAAUGUCUCUCUUUCUUUUUUCUUUUUUUUUGUAAGUGUGUGGGGGGGAGUGUAUAUAGCAACUGAUUUUGACCAAACUGCAGUGAUGUUAUGAAAAAGAAAAAAGCCUCUCUUUUGCGAGACACCAAUUGAUAAGCUAUGUGAUUCAGGUUUUCAGUCUGAGUAUGAGCUUUUGGAUGUUGCUUUUUCAUUUUUCUUUGGCGAUAUUUCUCUCUGUGUGUGUCUUGUGAUGAAGAAGAAACAUUAUGCAAACAAAGAGACAAACCUGUUUUACUUGAGGGUGUGAAACAAGAAGAAAUAAUGACCAAGUGCUGUUAAGAAAUGACAUUUCUUAGAGCUGGUUUGCUUUUGGAGACUUUUUAAAAAAGAUAUGGUUAGGAAGUUCAAUCUUUUUAAUAUCACACAUUGCUUUCCCUUUGAUUUGGUUCAUAAAAAAAAGCAAUCUCACUUGUAUUCUUUCAUGGAACACAGCAAACUGCCUUUCUUCUUGUGAGGUCUUUCAGUCGGUCUGAGGUGUAGUAGUGGCAUUGUAUUUUUAAACAGUGGUCUGUCCUUUUUCAGAUGAGUAUCAUUUUAUCAAUAUAUUGCUCAGGAAUUAUUGCCUUUGUUACAAGAAAGACUUUGUUUCCCUCAACUUUGAUACAUCGUUUUACGGUCUUCAGCGAUGGCCUACUGUCGAUCAAAUGUGAUUUAAUUUGUUUGUUUGUUUUUGGAAGAGUCUAGAUUCUAGGUUAUAGGCGAAGAGGUGAUCAUUUCUGUACUAUACUAUUUUUUUUCCUUUUAUCGAAGCAAAGUUGUAUUUGAGAAACAGGUGAUGAUUAUCCGAGUCAUCACUAACCUGUCAAGUGCAUCUUCACUUCAGUAAAAAGAAAAAGGGUAUGGUUUUAGUUGUUUCAGCUUUGAAACUAUGUAUUUGAUUUAUUAUCAUCUGUAUUUGUUAAGCUCUCAUUUAUUUCAUGAUGUUUUCUCCUGAACGAUAAACAUUUUCUGUUUUAUUUAUAUCAUCAGUUCAUUUUACACUAACUUUAAGUAGGAUCAUUGUGGAAAAGGUUAAUAUAUUCAUUUUUUUUCCCUCAAAUUCUUCAGUAUGUAAGAAGUAAGAGAAACUUCACUAUACUUGCUAGUCAUGAGAGACACAUUCACAAUCACUAAUGACUGUUGUGCCAAAAUUGUUUAGAUUAACACGGACAGUUGCUGGAAAGGGUGAUGGUGGCCCUUCCGCUUGGGGGCCGUCAUGUCUCGUCACUCCUUUUCCCAACUGUAUCGAGGGGUAAUUGAAUAAGAAGUAUUGAAAAAAGGGAGGUUCUUUAUAUGUCCAGAACAUCAGUCAUGAACUAAGAAGAGUGGAUGGGUUCCUUGAAAACUAUUUUUUUUUUUUUUUAUGUUUCUUGCCAUUUUGCUUUUUUGCUCACGAUACAUUGUUGAAUCACAUGUUAUUUGUUUUGUUUAUGUAAUUCUGUUUGGAUUAUCACAAAGAAAGUAAAAAGACAAUUGUACUGUAUUUGUAUGCAGGUUGAAUAAGAAAAAAAGUGAUGGAU